AUGGGCAUUGACCCGGUUACCCACAAGCCCAAAAACGACGCUCUCUUGUCUAGUGACGGCCAAUCCAAGAAUGCCGCCAAUCUCAGCCACAUGGCCCAAUGGGAGAGCGCCCGCCUCGAAGCUGAAGCCCGUUUGGUCAGGCAGUCCAAGCUCCGACCUUGCCCAUCACCUCCCUUUCAGAAUCAAGGCUCCGAUCAAUUUGCCUCCAACUCGAGUCAGAUCCACAAGCCCGCUGGCGGCCCGGCCCGAUGCCUCGACGUACUGAAGGCAGCGUGGAGUGGCGGCGGGAUCUCGCCGCCUGGGAUCGGCGGUGACUUGGAAUCGCCGACAUCGACGCUGAGCACCGCCGCCGGGGUCAUAGACGGCGGAGCGGCGAAGGAAGAGUCGGAGGACGACUGGCGACGCCACCUGGCGGAGUACAGGGACGGGGCCGGGGACUCGAUCCCCCCGCCGCCACUUCCGCCGCUUCAUCCGGAGGAAUGGGAGUCGCCGCCGCCGGAGCAGGUGCCCGGUGAGAAUUUCUCAAAGAAGUUCACGGACCUGCUGCUCGGCGGGCUGAGCACGGCGGAAGACGGCGGCGAGUCUGACAACAACAGCGGCAGCGGCGGCGCAGACGGCGGUGAUUAUUACGAGGACGGGAAAAAUUACUGGAAUAGCAUUCUGAAUCUGGUGAAUUUUUCGCCUUGUGAUUCGCAGAUGUUCUGA